ACAACACAACACACACACACCUUUCUCUCUCUCUCUCUGACUCUGUAAAUAAAAUCUCCAAAUUCACUCAAUAAAGAGCCUUGGUCUUCAUCGUCGUCGUCCAUGGCGGCUAACAGAUUCGCGACUCUGAUCCACCGCAAAACAAACAGAAUCACUCUAAUCCUCGUCUACGCUUUCCUCGAGUGGUCACUCAUCUUCUUCAUUCUUCUCAACUCUCUCUUCUCUUAUUUCAUCCUCAGAUUCGCCGAUUUCUUCGGUCUCAAACGUCCUUGCCUCUUCUGCUCUAGGCUCGAUCGUUUCUUCGACGCUUCUGGUAAAUCCCCUUCCCUUAGAGAUCUCCUCUGCGACGAUCAUGCUCUCCAGAUUUCUAUACCACAACGGUCUCUUCACUCGAAACCUGUCGAAGAAGAAGAACCUAAAAAUAGUUGUUCCCGUGAAUCUCACAAGGAUCGUGAGAUGAUGACGAUGAUACGUUCAUCACUAUCUUCCCCGAUUGAGCCUGAUUUGGGUAUUGUAAAUUAUCCCAUCGGAGACGAAGGCCAGAUUUACAAUGGUCUUAAGUUUCCUCGAUCGAUCUUCGUAUUCGAACAAGAAGUGGAUAACAAAACAGGAUCCGUGAUUUUGAAUGGAGUGGAAGAAGAAACAGAGGAGGAGGAGAAGACGAACACUGUAAUCGAAAUUGUUCCGCAAUCUCCUGGAAAAAUUGAAGAAGAUGAAGUUAGCAGCGAUUCUUCUACUGAUAUAGAUGAGGAAUUCUCUUGCUAUGUAUCAAGCUUCGACUGUAACAAAGAGCUUACAAUAAAGAAGGAAGAAGAAGAAGAAGAAAACAAAGUGGAUCUGGCUGUAGAGGUCGAGACUUCUGAACCCGCGCCUAAAAACCUUGAGUUCUAUAUUGAUGACCAAGACUGUCAUUUGAUUCCCGUUGAAUUCUACAAACCCAGCGAUGAAGUUCGUGAGAUUUCCGAUGUUAACGGUGAUUUUAUUCUCGAUUUCGGCGCUGAGCCUGAUUUCACGGCGGCUGUGGAGGAGGAGGAGGAGGACGAAGAGGUAAUAAUCACCGCGGCUGCUUCGCCUGUUGAAUCGAAACCGGAGGAUGUGGCAACAACGAAUCUAGGUGCUUCGACGGAUGAUGUAGAGCAAAUGCAGAACGACGAUGAAGAAACAGACGCAGAGGUUUCUAUAGGUACAGAGAUUCCUGAUCACGAGCAAAUCGGAGAUGUUUCAUCACAACUACUCAAUCCUAACGACGACGUUGACAGUGAUCAUGAUGAAACAGAGGAGGAUACAUUGGAGUUCAAAACAAUUACGAACAUCAACGAAGAGCGGUUUCGAGAAACUCCUGCCAUAUUGGAAAGAUCGCAUAGUCUACACAAUGCUAUGUUUCACUUAGAUCGAAUAGUAUCCGGAACAGAAUCUGUUGAUGGUGUUGAAUGUCUCACUGUGGACAAGUUGAAGGUAGAGUUACAAGAAGAGAGAAAAGCGCUUACUGCUUUAUACGAGGAGCUGGAGGAAGAGAGGAAUGCGUCUGCGGUUGCUGCCAGUGAAACAAUGGCGAUGAUCAAUAGGUUGCAUGAGGAGAAAGCGGCUAUGCAGAUGGAGGCGUUGCAGUAUCAGAGAAUGAUGGAGGAGCAAGCUGAGUUCGAUCAAGAAGCGUUGCAGUUGUUGAAUGAGCUUAUGGUGAAUAGAGAGAAGGAGAAUGCUGAGCUUGAGAAGGAGCUAGAAGUGUAUAGAAAGAGAUUGGAGGAGUUUGAAGCUAAAGAGAAAAUGGGGAUGUUGAGGAGGAGAAUGAGAGAUUCUUCUGUUGAUUCGUAUAGAAACAAUGGUGAUUCAGAUGAGAACCACACCAACGGAGAGGUACAUCACAAGAGCUUUGAAGGAGAUUGGAAAUACAGAGAUAAUGAGAUGGAGAAUACUCCCGUUGAUGUUGUGCUUCGUCUUGAUGAGUGCUUAGAUGAUUAUGAAGGAGAGAGGCUAUCGAUUCUUGGGAGGUUGAAGUUUCUUGAAGAUAAACUCACAGAUCUUAAUAACGAAGAGGACGAGGGAGUUAAAACGUUUGAGAAUGGAAACGGGCAUUUUCAUGGUAAGGAAACAAACGGGAAACACAGAGUCAUCAAGUCAAAGAGACUACUUCCCCUGUUUGAUGCUGUCGAUGGAGAGCUGCAAGAGAACGGGUUAUCUAACGGAAACCAUCACGAUAAUGGGAUCGAUGAAUCAGAGAACGGCGAGAAUGUGACGGUAGAAGAAGAAGUGGAUGAGAUUUACGAGAGACUAGAAGCUCUAGAGGCAGAUAGAGAGUUCUUGAGACAUUGUGUUGGUUCAUUGAAAAAAGGUGACAAAGGUGUACAUCUACUCCAUGAGAUUCUGCAACAUCUACGUGAUCUGAGAAACAUCGAUCUUAACCGCGUUAAAGAAAACGGAAACAUGAGUUUUUGAGUUUGAGUUUGAGUUUUGAGUUUUGGGUUUGAAAGUUCACACUUUGCAUGGUGGACAUAAUGAGCAAAAAACAAUCAUACAGGUAUAUUAACUUAUCUCUGUUGUCUGAGGAAUAGUUUCACGUCUAUGAUCACACUUUAAAAGAAGAUUCAAAUUUACAGUGUUGCUUGGGAGGCAAGAAACAAGAAAGGUCAAGAUGAAGAAGAAAACGCCAUAGAAAAAAAAAGAAGUCUCAGAUAUUUUAAGUAAUAUAUAUACUCUGAGGAAAAGUGUCAGGAUCAGAAUGUUCGUAUCUUAUCGUGUUUUUUCUUAAUUAAAAUAUUGAAGUGUACCCAAGUGUCAGUGUAAAUUUUACUUUUUUUUUUUUAAUUUGGGGAGUGGUGUUGGUCUAUAUGAGUUGAGUGGGUGGUGGUACAAUAGAAAAAAGUAGAAUGAUGAGAGUAUGUGUGUGUAGUGUAGUGUAGUUGAGAGUAGUAAGGUGAGAGAUACUUGGUAUAAAAAAUUGCCAAAAGGCCAAAGGCAAAGCUGUCAGUUUCUCUCUUGGAUGGUUGUGGCAGAGCUGGAAUGAUUUCAGCAAAGAUGCCAACUAUGCCAACUCUAAUGUACAUACAUAUUGUUUUGUUUUGUUUUUGGAACUUUUAUAACAUUCGCAAAAUUUCGGGGAGAGUUUUAGAAUUAUUGCUUUUAGGUGGGGUAAGUAACCCUCUUUCAUUUUGUAAUCUUUUCUUCUUUCUUUGGUUGAAAUGUAAACUUUUAGAAUUAUUUACAUGCUUUGCAAAUUACUCUUGGGGAGAAAGACUAGU